AUUAGUUAUAAUAUAAUUAAUAAAUAGUAUUAAAUUAUAUGCGGAAUUUAUGUUCAAGAUUGAAUAUCGUAACAUUGGUCUGAUUGUUUUGAAUUUGGAAGUUAGAGCGACUUAUAUAAAUUGGAAACUUGAUGCAGAGUUGUUUUUAAAUCGGACUUGCAUCUUUUGAGUCUCAUAUAAAUAUUACUGUGGAGAAUUUAUUGUGGAUUGUCUGUAUCUUUAUAAACUCAAUAUAUGGAAGCUCCAAUUUUAAAGGCAGGGGAGCAAUUUCUUAGGUUUUAUAAAAAACUGUUCGUUCUUGCAGUCUGUUGAUAGUGUGGACACAAAUUAAAGCUGUUUGAAUGGUUGAUUUCUUUGGAGAAGGAUUGAGGGGUAUUUCAGAGACUUAUUUCAUCAAAAUUGUUCCAGGCAUAAUCUUGGUUUUCUUUAUGGAUUAUUCAAUUUCAUCGAUAAGUUGAAAGCUGCAACGAGAAAACAUCUUUUCUUAAAUUACAGGGUAUUAGCAAUAUUGAGAAUUAAAAUGUUGAUAACCAGAGCUUCUAUUCUUAGUGAUCAUUAUUCUGUUACCGAAUGGAACUCUGCAAAGUUUUCAGGCAUCUCAUAUUCAUCUCCGCAUGAAGCUGAACAAGUACGCAAGCAGGAGGAAGAAGAGUUUACAAGUCCAAGGGAGAAUGAUGGAAAUAGAGUUUUGGCUCUUCGUGCAGUCCCCUCUAGAGAUAUUGAGUUGCAAUUCCACACAGGAAGAUUUUUUCCAAGUUUUAGAAUAACUAAAAGUGUAAUAAUAACUAUUGAUAUGAAUUUUGAAGCUUCCAGAGAAAAGCUGCAUCUUUUAACAGCUACUCUUAAAAGUCCUGUUAUUAAUUCUUCACAAUGGAAUGAGGAUGCUGCUGGAUCAAUUUUAAACAAGAAAAAGAAGCUGUGGAUCAGUGGAAUCAGAGAAGCACAAUGUUCUUCCAACCCAAACUUGCCUAGUGAUUCACCUGUUGGAUAUGGUGAUCCUGAAGAGGACUUUAUCAGUUCUGGAAUGAAUGAUCAAGAACUGUUGAAUUUGAAUUCAUGCCCUGGUGAACAUUUUCCAGUGACAAGGACUUUUAUGUGUUUUUGUACACUAGAGGAAUUUGGAGCUACUGGUGGACUGUUUCAUGCCUUUCAUAGGUCAAAAUACAGUUUAAUUGAAGAUGCUUCUCUAGUUCUUAAUGGCCAAAUGGCAGAUGUGUGUGCCAUAGAAUUUUGUUCUGAUUCAAGUUCUUUGAGUGAUUCAAUUGCAUUAGAUGAUGAUCUUGAGUUUGAUCUUAUCAGUUCUGAAACGAGUGAGGAGGACUUACAAGACUUGAAGCUGCUCCCUGAUGGACUUUUGCCAGAGAUAUGGGUUACUAGUUCUUUUUCUACAAGAGAGAAAUCUGAAACAGUUACUAUCAGAGGAGUUCCCAUUCCCACCUUUGAUGGAUCCAUGUUUACUCCAAUUGAAGAGGCUUCUCUUAUUCUGAGUGUCCCCAUUGCAAAUACGUGUGCUAGUCUGGCUGAUUUGGAAUCAGAAAUUACAUCUGAAAACAUUGAUCUAUUUCAAAGUUUGCAGAGUUGGGAUAACACGGAGAAUUUGUCUACAGAAAUGCUUCAGAUAUGGGAUCGGAAUGUCGAUCCAAUGCCUGUGUUGCAGUUACACCCCACACAAAAUUGUGAUCCAAGGACUGAGGAUGUAAAUAGCUCUUCAGAGGGUACCACCUCAGAUAAUCAUAAAUGCACUUUGGAGGAAAGUAGUUCAGGCAAUUCAUGCUUUGAGUACAGUUCUUUGGAGAGUCUUCAAAUAGGUCUAAUACAGGAUAAUUUGGGUGCUUGCCUGGGGGAGAUGUUCUAUUUAUCCAAGCAUCAGGAAUGUGAUAGCAUAGCAUCUUGUGACUUAAUGGUUGAGUUGGAAGACAGUGAAUUUAGAAAGAUUUCGAAUGAAAUGAGUAUGCAUUUUAUUGAAAAUGAAGCAAACGAACUUUCAAAUAAACCUGUUGCUUCAGCCACACAGCAGCCCAACCCUUUAACUAGUGUCUCGUUCAAACAUAUGGUUCGUUGGGAUAGAGACAGCAAAUUACAAUGCCAUGAAAGAGGAUUGCCAAGUUCAAGAAAAAGGAAAAAUGAUAUAGUGGCUAGACGAGUGAACUGUGAAGCUUAUAGAAGCUCUCUUUGUUUUGCAGGCAACUCAAAACUUAUUAAAGGUAAGGCUUCUAACAAGCCACUUAAGCACUCUUCAAAUCGGAAAAUGGGUGCUAUUAAAUCAGUUUUAGACAAGAAAAAGAACCAUCAGAUCAAGCAGAUUGAUGAAGAAGACUGUCACUCUAAUCCAAGUUCGCUUUGCAAUUCAUCUGUUCAAGAUGAUGAUUUUGAGUGUGCUAUUAUCAAUUCUGAAAUGAGUGAAAAGGAAUUGCUAGAUUUGAAUUUGUUACCAGAUGGACUUUUGCCAGAGAAUUGGGUUACUACUAGUUCUACACCAAGUUCUACACCAAAAAAAAAUCGAACAGAUACCAUUGGAGGAUUUCAUGUCUUUGAUGGCUCCAGGUACAAUCCAAUUGAAGAGGCUUCUCUUAUUCUUAAUAGACCCAUCACCUGUCUUCAUGUGGACAUUGGUGAUAAAGAAGAAAAAAUUACAUCUGAAGAAAUCGAUCUAUUUAAAAAUCUGCAGGUUAAGGAGGUCUCAGGGAAUGUUUCUAGAGGAAUGCAGAACACCUCAAAUGAGAACAGCACUUUGAAGAAAAGUUUCAAUAGCGACUCAUGCUUCAGAUCCAAUUCUUUUGAGAGCCUUCCAAUACAAAAUAAUCGAGGUGCUUGCCCGGGGAGGACACAUUGUUUAUCCCAACCUCAAGCGUGUGAUAGCAUUGUAUCUACUGAUUUGACACCCAACUUUCAAGAGCAGGACUUUGGAAAGAGAGCAAUUGAAAUAAAUUUAAGUUCUUUUGAAGAUGAAGCAAAUAAAAUUGUGGAUGAUUCAACCACACAACCCUGCCACUAUUUAUGUUGUGAGUCAUUAGUUAAUAUGGUUCAAUGUGAUCAUAAAGGAGGAAGGAACUCAAUUCUCUCUUUCGAGCAGUCUCUGGUGCAAUUGGAUGAACUCAUUGAUUGUAGCAAUCAGGAGCCACUCUCCCGAUCUUUUACUCCAGAUUGUCUCUUGAAUGAUGAGAAGAAUAUGGAAAGUUCACCAUACAAGAUGGACUCUGAUUAUGAAUAUGCUGAUCCUGCUAGAGACUGCAAGGGUAAAUACCAGAAAGGAAGAUUGUCAGGCUCAAGAAAAACAAAAACUGCGAUGUUGGCUAGGGAAGUGAAUUCAGAAGGUUAUAGAUUUAAGUUACCUUGUCUAGCAGAGAAGUCCAAACCUGUUCAAAUUAAGGCUUCAAAAAUUCCUUUAACAAAUUUAUCUCAGUCGAAAAGAAAUGCUGCUGGAUCACUUACAUCCAAAACAAUGCAGAAGCGAGUCAAGGAAAUUAGCAAAGUAGGCUUUUGCUCUAGUCCAAGCUCAGUAACUGACUCGGCUGUUAUAGAUGAUGAUCCUGAGCGUGAUCUUAUCGAGUUUGAAAUAAGUGAGCAAGAAUUGUCAGACUUGAAUUUGCUUCCUAAUGGCCUUUUGCCAGAGAAACAGAUUAGUUCUCCUGCUUCUACAACAAAGAAAUCUGAAUCAGAUACCACAGGAGUAUUUCAUAGCUUUGAUGGGUCUAGGUUUAGUCCAAUUGAAGAGGCUUCUCUUGUUCUUAAUAUCCCCAUUACAGAUGUGUUUGUCAGGGUGGCUGAUAAAGAAACAGAUACUUCAUCUGAAAACAUUGAACUAUUCAAACAUUUGGGGAGUUGGAAGAUGUCAGAGAAUAUUUUUGCAGAAAUGUUUCAGUUACAGGAUGAUAUUGUGGAUCCAAUGCUAGAAUUGCAGUUACAUCCCACACAAUUCUGUGAUUUGUUGCUUGAAGAUCAACCUAUUGCUUUAACCAAGCAACCCUCACAGUGCCUAAAUUUAGGCUCAUCUGGUCAAAUGGUGUAUUGUGAUUAUAAUGAACAAAGGAAGUCAAUUUUCUCCUUGGACUACAACAGUCAAAAUGUUAGAAGUUUAGCUGAAGUGGAGAAUCUUGGGAGGGAGAGAAAGAUAGAAACAUUUAAGGCAGAACUACUGGAAGUUAAAAACCAAAUCAAAGAGCUAGAAAUACUACUGAAGUGUACCCUCAGAAGAACAGACAUAAUGCAACAAAAGUUUGCAAAAUGUAAAGUGGUCAUGGCAUGGUAGAAUGCCUUCAAUCUGCAAAUUUUCUCUUACUUGGAGAAGGAAAAGGAUAAGGAUUUUGGCUAGAUUGCAUUGAUACUAAUGAACAUGUUGCAUCACUCUGGUGUGUAAUGAACCUCAGCGUCACGACUCACAACAGUCCUGGUCUUGAAAACAAGAUACAUAAGUGGGUUGAUGAUCCCUUGGGAAUAAAGGAUUGUGUCAAAACAAUUUGCAGGAUUGUGUCAAAACAAUUCUAUGGCACUAGAAAAAUCUUCAUAAUAGCUAGAUGUCUGAAAGGCAUCCUUCUUGAUUGUAUACAUGUGCAUUAAGGACUUGUUGCAAGAAAUAAUUGUAAGAUAUGGAUAUGAUUGGAGUCAAAAGAAAAUGAGUAGCAACAAGUACAAAUAUGUACAGCAUUGUAGCAACAGCAGUUAUGGACAAGUGCGAAACCAGAGUAGCCCAGUGUCAGCAUAACAUCAUCAAGGGUCAUUUCUUGUCAAAAUCAUCUACAAAUGGAAGGAUUAAUGAGUAGGGCAUCCAAUUUUAACACAUACUCACAAAAUUUGUGCCCUGGUCUGUUUUCAUGUCUGCAGGACGAAACAUAUUGAAGAGAUGGAAUAAUGUAUACCUAAGGUUAUGAUACUAUGAUUUGUGUUAUUGUAUUCA